CCCGGAUGCCCGCCGUGGAGGCCCCGCCCCGCUGCUCUCUGCGUCCUUCCGGUUCCGUCGUGGAAGUAGGACUGCGUCGCGUCCUCCUGGAAAAGGUGCUCAGGGGGACGACCGAGGUGCCGUAUGUGAAGUAGAGAGGGAGCGUGGACGACUCGGAGCCCGAGGCCUCCGCUUUCGGUGUCGGCGGCCGGCCUUCUUCCUCUUUGUGCGGCGUGCGUGCCCUGAGCGCCUGCCUGCGUUGGUCUCCUGCCCGAGAGUUUCAGUUUCAGGUGAACGACGACCGGGAGAUGCGCCUGCAGUUCGCCCGGAGCCCCCUGUGUUUCUGAGGCGGCGGCGUCGGGUCCUGUGGCCUCAGCCGCGCUCGCUGGAUGAAAAUCGACCUCGGCCCUGCUCCCCUCAGCGGACAAUUCGUGCCUCCCAGGAGUGUCUCCGGCUGUUGGCAUCCCUCCUCGUUCUUUAAGCUACAAAAAGCAGCAGCUGAGUUUAUUUGAAGUCUGCCCUACCAAGUGUCCAUGAUGCUGGGCCCUGAGGGAGGUGAAGGCUUUGUGGUCAAGCUCCGUGGCCUGCCCUGGUCCUGCUCUAUUGAGGAUGUGCAGAAUUUCCUCUCCGGCUGCAUAAUUCAUGAUGGGUCCGCAGGCAUUCAUUUCAUCUACACUAGAGAAGGCAGGCAGAGUGGUGAGGCUUUCGUUGAACUUGAAUCCGAAGAUGACGUGAAAAUGGCCCUUAAAAAGGACAGGGAAAGCAUGGGACACCGGUACAUUGAGGUGUUCAAGUCCCACAGAACCGAGAUGGAUUGGGUGUUGAAGCACAGUGGUCCAAACAGUGCUGACACUGCUAAUGAUGGCUUCGUGCGGCUUCGAGGACUCCCAUUUGGAUGCACCAAGGAGGAAAUUGUUCAGUUCUUCUCAGGGUUGGAAAUUGUGCCAAAUGGGAUCACAUUGCCUGUGGACCCUGAGGGCAAGAUUACAGGGGAAGCCUUUGUGCAGUUUGCCUCACAGGAGUUAGCUGAGAAGGCUCUAGGAAAGCACAAGGAGAGAAUAGGGCACAGGUAUAUUGAAGUGUUCAAGAGCAGUCAGGAAGAAGUUAGGACAUAUUCAGACCCCCCUCUGAAAUUUAUGUCUGUACAGCGGCCAGGGCCCUAUGACCGUCCUGGUACAGCCAGGAGAUAUAUUGGCAUUGUCAAGCAGGCAGGCUUGGAUAGGAUGAGGUCUGGUGCUUACAGUGCAGGCUAUGGGGGCUAUGAGGAGUACAGCGGUCUCAGCGAUGGCUAUGGCUUUACCGCUGACAUGUUUGGAAGAGACCUCAGUUACUGUCUCUCGGGGGUGUAUGACCACAGAUAUGGAGAUGGCGAGUUCACUGUCCAGAGUACCACUGGACACUGUGUCCACAUGAGAGGGCUGCCGUAUAAAGCUACAGAGAAUGACAUUUACAACUUCUUCUCUCCUCUCAACCCUGUAAGAGUCCAUAUUGAGAUUGGCCCUGAUGGAAGAGUGACGGGCGAAGCUGAUGUUGAGUUUGCCACUCAUGAAGAAGCUGUGGCAGCUAUGUCCAAAGACAGGGCCAACAUGCAGCAUAGAUACAUAGAACUUUUCUUGAAUUCCACAACAGGGGCUAGCAAUGGGGCAUAUAGCAGCCAGAUGAUGCAAGGCAUGGGAGUAUCAGCCCAGUCCACUUACAGUGGCCUUGAGAGCCCAUCUGUGAGUGGCUGUUAUGGAGCUGCUAGCUACAGUGGCCAGAACAGCAUGACUGGAUAUGACUAAUUUUAUAUUUUAUAAAGCAUUUGAGUUAUAAUUUUUCAUAGGCAACCAACAAGCAGUGAAAAGCAGUUAUUACUCUAGAAGAAGCUGUGGGGACCCAUUUUGCACCAUGAGUUUGUGAAAUCUGGAUUAAAAAGUUACCUCUUCAGUGUUUUCUCAUGCAAACUUUCUUCUGGCAUGUGAUAUUGAGUAAACUAAAACUGUUUCCAGUUUUUUGGUUUUUUUUUUUAAUAUUUUGGUAGCAUAUUUCAGGGGUGAUGUUAUCUGACUUCAAGUAGUUUUAAGUACAUCAAAUGUGGAUCUUUUACACCAUAUCACCAUGAACACAUUGGGGAGAUGAGAUUUUUGGGAAACUCAAGGUGCUAGAUCCCUAAUUCAAAGAGGAACAUUUCUCAUGUUUGUUCAUUCUAGUUUAUUUUCAUUUAAAAUCUCUUAGGUUAAGUUUAAGCUUUUUAAAAGUUAGUUUUGAAAAUUGAGACACAUUACUAAUACUGUAGGAAUUGGUGAGGCCUUGACUUAAAGCUUUCUUUACUGUGAUUUCCUUUUGGGUGUAUUUUGCUAAGUGAAAUUUGUUAAAAAAAAUUUUUGUUAACUAAACUUUUUUCUUAAAAUAAAGACUUUUUCACAAUGACUGGCAUAGACUAUCUACUCACCAAAAAGUAGCAAAAUGGCUGGGUGGUUAAAGAGAAUUCAUUUAAAUGCUGUUUCAGUGUGAAUUUAAGUUCACAUCAAAUCUGAUUUUCCUUAUCUUUUUACAAGGAAGCUGAAUUAAAAGUCAUCUUUUAAAAGUAUUAUGUACAAAUGGGUGGUAGAAAUGGUGACACUUCCAGAAAGUAGGAAAAUAGAAGCACACAGUCUCUGCCUUCUGUGACUUUUGUGCUCUGUUCUUCAGCCCUGCUGGUCCCUCACGUUAUGCUGGAAUCGCAUCCAUUUCUCAUAGCUAGAAAUCCAUAGUUUUGAAUAAAACAUUUUUUUUUUCAGACUUAAUGGCUAUUUCUCUAGGGUACACUCCUGGGUUAGCAAUAGAUGUCUCUCCAGAAUUGUUAGAAAAUCAUCAUCUGCCUAGCAGAGUGAAGAAGCAUCCAAAUUCCAGGCAGCUCUACACAUGUCAUAUUGCCAUCACACUUAACUUUGACAUGCACUCAAUAAAGCCAAGAUUGUAAAAUGUGAA